AUGGCCGCUAUCGACCUCCUCGCCCUCGAAGCACGACACCAAGUGAUCAAACGAAGCAACUGGGCCGGCGAGAACCCGGGUGUGGUCCUGGUCUUCUGCAUCGUCUUCAUCGUUGCUGUGGGAAUCAUCGCACUCUUCAUCUACCGAAAAUGCAUGGCACGGAAAGCAGCUAAACAGUCAUAUGAGAGAUACGAUUUCGGGCUGGCUACGUCGCUGCAACGAUCGAUAUGCACGUUCUCCUUAUCUUUGUGUGCCUUUUGUCCGUCCGUCAAGGAUACCCGCUCUUGCUUUUGGUGGAUCUGGGCGCUGACGGAUUGCGUUGAUUUAAUGGAUUGCUUGUACUACUAUGAAAGAGCUGCCACGGCUUGGAUGGGCCACAUCCGCAUGGGACCAGCAGUUGCGCCAAUGAUGGGACUGCAAGUGGUCCUGAUGGCAACGGAUCUCGUAUUCGGGUUGAUCGUCAUCAGCACAGAAUAA